AUCUGCGAGCCACCACAGCUCUGGUAGUUUUACAAAACUAUCCUCUCUCUUUCUGCAUUUGCCCAGUCAAGGGUAUCUUUGGCUGAGGUCAGAAUAAUGCUGUUAGUUCUGCUGAUGAUUGCGUAGCAACACAGAGCAGCUCAGAGAGGGGAGGAGGAGGAAAGAGAGAAGGAGGGCAGGGAGGUGGGAGAGACAGAGGGAGAGUGUGCAUACAGCAGCUGCCGGCAUCCCUGUCUCAGGGACUUCUUUGCUGAUUCACAGAGGCAGCCCAGCCCUGGCCUCCCAGCUUCCAGUUACCCAGCUGCUUCGCAGACCUGACAGAAUCAGAAGGUACUAAAUGAUCAAGAGCUUGUCUGGUGACCAUCCUCAUCCCUCCAUGAUCUUCCGUUCUUAUGCAACUUAUGGUCAUGCAGGGAUGCCCUUAUACCCUCCCACGAUGUCGUGAAUGGUGGGCUGCUGACGGGUUCCAUCACAGCAGCAGCCUCCGAUGCACCUGCCCCCAGCCUCAGGUUAGAGCUGCUAUAACUGCCCCUGCACUUCCUUGGGAUGGUGCUGGGGUCCCCUGCCUAAAUCCAAAGCUGCUGAACGGGUCUAUUGGUGCUGUUGGCCCCCUGGAACCAUCAGCCAUGAAUCUGUGUUGGAAUGAAAUAAAAAAGAAGUCUCACAACCUCCGUGCUCGCCUAGAGGCCUUCUCAGACCACAGUGGAAAGCUUCAGCUUCCUCUCCAAGAGAUUAUUGACUGGCUUAGCCAAAAGGAUGAAGAAUUGUCAGCUCAGCUGCCCCUACAAGGGGAUGUGGCCCUGGUGCAACAGGAGAAGGAAACACAUGCGGCCUUUAUGGAAGAAGUCAAGUCCCGGGGCCCCUAUGUCUACUCUGUGCUGGAGUCAGCUCAAGCCUUCCUGUCUCAGCAUCCAUUUGAGGAACUAGAGGAACCUCAUUCUGAGAGCAAAAAUGCCUCCCCCAGACAGCGGGUCCAGAAUCUUAGCCGCUUUGUGUGGAAGCAGGCAACAGUGGCUAGUGAACUGUGGGAGAAGCUGACAGCCCGCUGUGUGGACCAGCACCGCCACAUUGAGCGUACUCUAGAGCAGUUAUUGGAGAUCCAAGGGGCAAUGGAGGAAUUGAGCACUACUCUGACCCAAGCUGACGGAGUCCGAGCCACUUGGGAGCCCAUUGGAGAUCUCUUUAUUGAUUCACUACCAGACCAUAUCCAGGCUAUUAAGCUAUUCAAAGAAGAAUUCUCUCCCAUGAAAGACGGAGUGAAGUUGGUGAAUGAUCUGGCCCAUCAACUUGCCAUUUCUGAUGUGCACUUAUCAAUGGAGAAUUCCCGAGCCCUGGAGCAAAUCAACAUCCGGUGGAAGCAGCUACAGGUGUCAGUGGGUGAGAGACUUAAGCAGCUCCAGGAUGCUCACCGGGACUUUGGGCCUGGGUCACAGCACUUCCUCUCCUCCUCUGUCCAGGUUCCCUGGGAAAGAGCAAUUUCGCCCAAUAAAGUUCCCUACUACAUCAACCACCAGGCGCAGACCACAUGCUGGGACCAUCCCAAGAUGACUGAGUUAUACCAAACCCUAGCUGAUCUGAACAACAUUAAGUUCUCAGCUUAUCGCACUGCCAUGAAGCUCCGAAGAGUCCAGAAGGCCCUGCGCUUGGAUCUAGUAACUUUAACUACAGCCCUAGAGAUCUUCAAUGAGCAUGAUCUGCAGGCCAGUGAGCAUGUGAUGGACGUGGUAGAGGUCAUUCAUUGCCUGACUGCCUUAUACGAACGGCUAGAGGAGGAAAGAGGCAUCCUGGUCAACGUGCCACUAUGUGUAGACAUGACCCUCAACUGGCUUCUCAAUGUUUUUGACAGUGGUCGCAGCGGAAAGAUGCGGGCAUUGUCCUUUAAGACCGGCAUUGCAUGCCUCUGUGGCACAGAAGUGAAAGAAAAACUUCAGUACCUCUUCAGCCAAGUGGCCAACUCAGGCAGCCAGUGUGACCAACGCCAUCUCAGUGUCCUGCUUCAUGAAGCCAUUCAGGUGCCCCGUCAGCUGGGUGAAGUGGCAGCCUUCGGGGGCAGCAAUGUGGAGCCUAGUGUCCGUAGUUGCUUCCGUUUUAGCACUGGGAAGCCAGUCAUUGAAGCUUCCCAGUUCCUGGAGUGGGUCAACUUGGAACCCCAGUCUAUGGUGUGGCUGGCUGUUCUACAUCGGGUCACCAUUGCUGAGCAAGUAAAGCAUCAGACCAAGUGCUCUAUCUGUAGGCAAUGCCCUAUCAAGGGGUUCAGGUACCGGAGUCUGAAACAAUUUAACGUGGAUAUCUGCCAGACCUGCUUCUUAACAGGCAGGGCCAGCAAGGGCAAUAAGCUGCACUACCCCAUCAUGGAGUAUUACACCCAGACUACAUCCAGUGAGAACAUGAGGGACUUUGCUACAACCUUAAAGAACAAAUUCCGCUCAAAGCAUUAUUUCAGCAAACACCCUCAGCGAGGUUAUCUGCCUGUGCAAUCAGUGCUAGAGGCUGACUACAAUGAGACACCGGCUUCUUCCCCAAUGUUGCCACAUGCUGAUACACACUCUCGAAUUGAGCAUUUUGCCAGCAGGCUUGCUGAGAUGGAAAGUCAGAAUUGCUCCUUCUUUAAUGACAGCCUGUCCCCAGAUGACAGCAUAGAUGAGGACCAGUACCUGUUGCGGCACUCCAGCCCCAUCACAGACCGGGAACCCGCCUUUGGACAGCAGGUUCCAUGCAGCAUGGCCACAGAAAGCAAGGGAGAGCUGGAGAAGAUACUGGCUCACUUAGAAGAUGAGAACCGAAUUCUCCAGGCAGAGCUGAGGCGCCUGAAAUGGCAGCAUGAGGAGGCAGCUGAGGCACCCACCCUGGCUGAGGGCUCCACUGAGGCCACACUGGACCACCACAAUGAGGAGCUUCUGGCUGAAGCCAGGAUCCUCCGACAGCACAAGAGCCGCCUGGAGAUGCGCAUGCAGAUCCUUGAAGACCACAACAAACAACUAGAGUCCCAGCUGCAGCGCUUGAGGGAGCUGCUGCUACAGCCACCCACGGAAUCAGAUGGCAGUGGAUCUGCAGGCUCAUCCCUAGCUUCCUCUCCACAGCAGUCAGAAAGCAGUCACCCCCAGGAGAAGGGACAGACAACUCCAGACACUGAGGCUGCAGAUGAUGUGGCAUCAAAGAGCCAGGAUGUCAGCUUGUGCUUGGAGGACAUCAUGGAGAAGCUCCGCCAUGCAUUCCCCGGUGUGCGAAGCUCUGAUGUGACUGCCAACACCCUACUGGCUUCUUGAUGGAGCCAGAUCCCUGUUCCAUAAUCCAUAGUCCUCUCCUGAUUCUGGUCAAAGACUUCCCUCAGCCUUCACCUAACCUUUCCAGUCCCCACUGGCCCCACAUUCCUUAACCAGAGUUAUUUGGGCUCCAGGUAGCAACAAGGAUCUGGUGGCAUGUGAGGGAGUGGGAUCAGGGGAAAAGUAGGAAUGAUUCCUCUGACUCUAGAAAUGUGCCCUUUAACCCUCAAGUUUGAGACCAGUCCCUUACUUUACCCUUUGGUUACAGUCCAAGCAUAUAGCACGUGGCUAUUCAGACAAGGGGCAGAGACACUGCCUUACAGAGCUAAGCAGUCCCCACUGGCCCCUUUUCCUUCUUCACUGAAUUAUGGAGAGGGAAAAGGCUAAUGACCCCAAGGUGGGAGUAUUACGAAUCUACAGGGAUUAUCCCUACUUCCUAGCCCAUUCAGGUAGGCAAAAGGGUAUCCCUGAGACCCUCUUCCAAAAUGUCCCUAAAGAAAUAUGGGCAGGGUGUGUACUAAUUACUUCAGUUCCAAGGCAUAGUUCUAACUCUGGAUUCUACCUACAUGUUGUUUCCUCUGAAUGUCUUCAGUUCCUUCUAUCACAGUCCAUGGCAGACCUUCCUUGAGGAGGAAACCGUUCAUUCUAGUUUCUGCCUCCACCUUACAUUUGGAAAUAUUAUAGAAAUAUUUGUGGAUUUAGGUAUUUUUCCCUGACCCUCCUCUUUUCUGAAGGCCUCAGCAUCCCAUGAGACGCACAAAGAUACUCUGGAAAUCUAGCUGAAGCCCUCCUUUGCUCUUCUGAAUCUGUCCUCACAGACCUGGGGUAGAAGUGACAGCUUGCUCAGCAAGGGAGUCUUUCUCUCUUUGAGUGUGAAAGGGGAAGCCACUCUCUGUCUUGGAGGAGUAUGACAGCCUGCCACCCUUCCAGGCUGUGACCCUUCUAUCUCUUAAGUGGAAUCAGGUGAGGUGGCUGGGUGUCUCCAGGUGAGGAUAAGGCAGUUGUCACUGGCCAAUUUGAAUAGUGGUACCUUCCUAGGAUCCACUGACCAUGAAUCAGAAAGUUGGCCACUUUCUACCCAGACAACUGUGAGGCCUUCCUAUGCAGAAAACUGUUAUUUCUAACUCUGGAAGGUGAACCCAGCUCUCUGAACUAACACUUCCUAGACAACAUAUACCAUGACCCCUUUAUCCAGAAACUGUGCACAGUAGAUAGUGGGGCAUAGGUUGGAUGAGAGGGCUUGGGAACUUUGAGCAGAGUCAGAGUCUGCUUAGGUUCCUUUUUUCGAAGGAGAACUUUGUUUUCCCACCAGAGCCCUGCAGUCAACUUCAUUUGCCUGAGUUUAUAUAUAUACGUAUCUACUGUACAUCAGUGCUCUCCCAGCCUCACUCAUACAUUAAAUUAUAAUACCUCUUGAAGUAUGAAUGUUCUACCUUGCUCUUUGUUAGCCUCAGCCUCUGGUUGGAAAGAUAGAUAGAUACAUCCUGGUUGCUUCCCUAGGAUCUUUCUCCAUUGAGGUUUGGGGUAAGCUGCCCUCAAGACCAAAGCAACAAAAGUCUGUGUCCACAGAGAAAUCUAACUGGAAGAAUCACUCUGUUCUCUUCACUCAUUCUAAAUCAUGUUCCCUUGAGAUCUGAGCAUUGGGUGAAUUUUCCUGGGUACCCUGAAACUGGUUCAGGUGGCAAAAUAGAGCAGAUCCAAGUCCCACCUACUCUAUGCAGAAAAGAAGAAACAAAAAAGCCUUUUCUAGACUAAACCACAGAAUACAUCCUCUAGCCCCUACAAGUUUCUAAGGUCUGGCUCAGGGCCUUAAAAGUAGCAGUUGCCACCAAAAUCAGGAGGAAAUGAGAUUGUUGAAGUGCUGUGUUGAAGUGCCAGUUGAAGUGGGUGGAACUGCUGGGAACCUAGAUUGGUCUGCUCCAGGGAAGGUAGGCAGUAAGCUUGGGUCCAGAAAACAAGGAUUGGCUCUUCCACCAGUAUGCCACAGGUCCAGGGUGUCAGACCUCAUAUCACAAUAUCUCCCUCAGUGUUUGUAAGGUCUCUAGGCAGGAAAAGUGGGUAUCUGAAUGUAUGGUGAGCAAGUGGUAGGCAGGCAUCAGACAAAGAACCUGGUCAUCAGUCACAAUGAGGCAUUUUUGUAGGAGCCUAGAUUGUGCACAGGAAUGGAAUACAAAAAAUAUGAGUCAGAGGACUCAAGAACUUCGAGACAUGUGCCCCUUAGGGGCAGAUGUUAGGGAACAGUAUUUUACCAGGAAUGCCCUGCCCACAAGAGCUCUUGGACUGCUGAGGGCCUGUGGCAACUGUGGCAAUGGGCCAGACAUGGUAAGGCAACAACAACAACAACAACACAUGUAGAUCUUGUUAUGUAGGAUUUGUGCUAUAGGUGGACGGAAGUAGCAGGUCAAGAGUCGAAUUCUCACUAAGUGGGUCACUGACACUUUGUGGUCUUGUGUUUACCUGUAAUGCCUGAGGUGAGUAUACCACUCAAGAAUCCAGUGACAGUCACUGCAGCAUGUGUGGGCAGUUUGUCUCCCAUGAGGUAAAUGAAUCCUUGAGCACUGUGAAUCCAAAUCAGGGUUAGAUUUACCAAAAUAUAUUAUGUGUUAGGGAUCUGUUAUGUACUGUGUCUCCUAAAGAUAUUAUGCAUGGUUCUGUGUAGUUUAUGGCCCUGUACUAGAAGGAUGGUAAAGGCAGCUGCUGGGUUUAUUGCUUAGAGAAAAUCUUCUGAUUUGUGUAAUCAACAUCAGUGAUAAUGGAUGUGAAUGUUUGCUAGAGUCGUUGUCAAAUGGUAUCAGGGAACAGUUAGGACUGAUAUGAAAUUCAUUCAGGACGGAACUUGUUAGAGGACAAAAAGCCAUUGCAAGGGUACCCCUGCUUCCAUCUAAAGCAAAGUGGAUUCACAUUGAUUGGCAUUUGGGAAGGCUUAUUGGCUGGAGGACUCAAGGCUAUGGAAUGGUUCCCUAGAAAGCGUCCCACCCAGGAGGAACAUGGGCCUUUCCCUUCAGAAUGGAAAGGCUGGAAUAAAGGCUCUCAAGUGUCUAUUUCCUUUAGGGCCAAAGUUAGAAAAUACUUCAUACAGAGAAACUUGUUCAUUUCUGAUAUUCCAAACACUGAGCUAGUAGGCCACAGUAAUGAGAAAUGCUGAGGCCAAGCAGAGGCCAAUCAUAGGAGUUGUUUUCCCAUCAGAAAAGGAUUUCUGAAGAAUACACAUGCCAUCUGGGAUAGACGUUUAAAAGUGAUUGGGCUUCAUGUCCAGCUUCAGGCUAGAGAAUUCUUUGAACUCACAUUCACAAUGGCAGACUCAUGGCCUCUGGGACCAUUUCUUGCCAGUAAUUCCAUCCAGUUUUCCUUGACAGAGUUGAUACAUAACAAAGAAAGUGGCUACCUUAGCACAAACAGUCCUGAGAGAGAAUCAGGAGGCCCUGUCCUAGGAGUAUGGAGACGUAGCUUCUCAGCUAGGCAGCUCUAUCUCUGGGCCCCCCUGUGAAAACCUGGCCCUUGGAACAAAGGAAUACUUUAGUGACUUCUCACUGUUUUAAAACAAAUGACUGUGGAAGAGGGAAAGGCUCAAGGCCCGUGCCCUGCUUCCAGUAUCCAUAUCCUCCCACAGCUCCCAUAUUUGGGAGGGGACCUGAAGCUUCUUGUUGUCCCCAGGGCAGUAUCGAGGCCAGAAUGAGGCCUUCUAUGCUGCUUGCUGGCUGCAAGAACUGAUCACAAGGAUGAGAAUUGGAGGAGGAAUUUGGGGGAGGUGGCAUGCAAUUGUAGAAAAGUUCAGUAUAAAACAAUGGGGCUGAGAGCAAAUUGGUUAACUUUGCCACUCACUGUGGUGCUUUACCCCUUUGAAUUCUGCU